AUUCUCGGAUGUAAAUUUCACAUUCCUUACGAGGGGGCAGCACUAUCAGAAGUGUCUAAAAUGGCGGGUGUGCUGUUCGAGGAUAUUUUCAACGUAAAAGACAUCGAUCCAGAAGGGAAAAAAUUCGACAGGGUGAGCAGGCUCCAUUGCGAAUCCGAGUCCUUCAAAAUGGACUUGAUCCUGGACAUCAACUGCUGGCUUUACCCUAUGGAACUCGGUGAUAAAUUUCGUUUGGUUCUUGCAACGACCUUGAGGGAGGAUGGUUAUCCCGAUGGAGGGGAGUGGAAUGCGACGGAACAGGAAGGCGGCUCCAGAGCAGAUAGUUUUGAAUACGUGAUGUCCGGUAUGGUUUAUCGAAUCGAAGGUGACGAGGCAAGCAACGAACCUAGCAGUAGACUAUCUGCCUACGUAUCCUUUGGAGGAUUACUGAUGAGGUUACAGGGUGACGCAAACAACCUACACGGUUUUGAGAUCGACCAGCAUAUGUAUCUACUAAUGAAAAAAUUGGCGUUCUAACUGCAUUACAUGCGCCGCAAUUAUUGAUUUAGGAAAUGUGUGUAUAUUAAAUGCAUUCUUUUCAAGGAGAACGUUAUUAUUAAUAAAUUUAGGAGAAAGGUGAUUGAAUUGUUAGAAGUUAUUAAUGGUCGAUAUGAUUCCAGAAAGAAAUUUCUUGUAUAUUGCAAUAAUUGAGGAAGCAGUAUAUUUACGUAAAACAGGAAAUAUGUAUUUUGUUUUCUAACUGAUCGUUCACUAUUCAUAUUCUCCAAUUCAUGAAUCAUUACUAAGCAUUGUCACUGCCAUUGCGAUUUUCAGAUACAUGCUGACUAAUAAAGGUAUUUUUCCAUGUAAAAAA